GGGAUAGGAAAACUGCCCCAGUCCCUGCCUGCCUCAGUGGCCAGCUGGCGGGGCCGAGCAGGAUUCAGCGCCUUGUUUCGCUGCUGCUGCACUUCCCGCAUCUGGCUGCUCCCGCCUGUGGCGAGGCUGGAAGCCCAGAGGGACCGAGCAAGUGGAGGAGCGGUGGCAGAAACAUCCUUUCUCUGCAUCCCCUCCCUCUGGAAGCAUUUACCUUUUUGGAGAAGGGAAUCACUUUGAAAUAUAAUUUCCCCGGAGACGAAGUGGGGAGAUAAGUGGGCAGGAGCAGGAUUUCCCCCCAUUCUCUCCAGGUCAGCCAGGAGAGGAGCCAAAGCCAUGGACUCUUGCCUACGAGAACAGACCCUGCCAUGGCUGUGAGAGGCUGUUUUGUGCAGCUGCCUACUUCAUGAAAGUCCAGCAGCCAGCGCUGCUUCUCUGAGAAAAGAGAUGAGGGAGAGAGAGGAAACGGGCCCCUCUGCGCGGCCUCUUAAUGCCUCAGGAGAUUUGAAGAGUGAAGGAAAACCAGGUGAUCAGGCUAAACCUGCGCUAUGGAAACGUCCAGCUGUCCUCGCAGCCGUAAUCGUGGGUCUGGGGGUCGUCGUCGUUGCUUUAGCAGCAGCUCUGGGAGUGGAAAAAUCUAGGCAGCCGCCUCCCUGCCCCGCUGCUGCCCCUGGGUGCCCCGACGGCUGGUUCAGGAGCGAAGGGAGAUGUUACUAUUUUUCUAAGGCUGAAAGGGACUGGACCGAAAGCCAGAACAACUGCACCUCACACGCUGCCUCCCUGACUGGGAUUGAGAAUCUGCAGGAGCUGGCUUCCCUGCUGCCUUACCCAGGCAGACUGGACCACUGGAUUGGCCUCCAGAAGGACGCAGGCGGGGUCUGGAGAUGGGUCAAUGGCACCAAGUUCGACCGUCGGUUUGAAAUACAAGGAGGAGCCGACUGCGCCUACCUAAAUGAAGACCUCACAAUCAGCAGCUCCAGCUGCAGUAGGCUGAGGAAAUGGCUCUGCAGCAAACCUGAUGCUUCUACAUAGCUAGAGGUGCAUGUUUUAGGAAGGGACUUGUGAACUGAGUGGAAUUGGAGACCAGAUAUGACACAGCCUGGAUCUGGUCCCCCUUCAUGUCCUCUUCGUGCUGCAGCCUUGUUCUGUGUUUAUUACUCUGCCUCCAGAAUUUUGCCUGGUCCUAGCUUUGAAUCUCCCUGAUGCUGGGGUCUGAGAGCCUUCUCUAGGGCAGAUGUCUCAGUUUCAGAGGAAGUGCCUCUGUAUCCCACCUUUGUCAGGGCUUGGGUCUCUCGCUGCUCUAUCACUUCGUGGCAGGGGGCCUCUUCCACUCCCAGCUGACCUGGCAUUUAAGGCUUCACAUCUCCCUUCUGUGCACCGUGUUGUCCCCACAAGCCAGCCCUUCUGCAAACCAGUGCCUGCAUUUUGCUUCUGCUCUGAACUGAGGAUAGGCCAGCACUUAUAAGCUAUCAGAGCCAUUCCUCAGCUGAUGCAUUUUUCUAGGGUAAAAGCACAGAAGAGAAAAUGUAUAAAAAUAAAAUUUCCCAUAUGCCAUAACGCUGGGUCGAGUGACGGGGUGGGCCCACUUGCUGAUUCCCUGUUCUGUUCAUUCCCUCUAGGGCAGGGGUCAGCAACCUUUUCAAACCAAAGAGCCAAACUCCACCAAAAUUCAGAACAACUGGUCAACAAAGAGCCGUGUAAGAAUGCCCUUUUGCAGACUGAAAAUAUACAACCUAAUGUUAUUGCUACUUGACAGAACACUAAAUGAAACAUUGUAUUCACAGAC